AUGCGACGGCAGGGGCACUAUGGGGAUCCAUCUCCCAACACUUGUGUUGGUGGCCAGAUGCAUCAUAUGGCCGGUCAAAGGGGGGAGGCCAAGUCUGGUAAUUUUGAAGGACGGUUGGAGGCCUUUACUCCAGAGAGAGAGAAUCCAUAUGCGAAUUCCAAGCCGGAGGGUCAGUGGAGAUGGGAAAUGGACGAAUCGAAGAUGUCUAAUUCAAUGACAUCUCGAAUGUUUAAUGAAGGUCAAGGGGUUGUUGAUGCUUCAAAGUCCUAUUUUCAAGGGCAGAACCGAAACAACAAUGAUUCCAGAUCUCAGGCCCACGAAGGAGAUAUGGAUGUUGGAUAUGAAGGAAAUCAUUUAUCACAAACUUUUGAAGGUCUUGAGCAGAAUUUCCGUGAUGACAUUAUUAAACUCACCAAAGAACAGAAUGAUGCUGAGGAUGCAGAAUAUGCCAGGCACAGAGAGAAAAUAAAUGCAAUCAAUGCUCAGUAUGAAGAAAAACUGGCAGCACUCCGAGCUCAGCAUAGCAGCCGCAGAGCUGAAUUUCUUCAAAGGGAAUCACAUGCUAGGCAACAGCAGUACCAGCAAAUCAUAAGGGAUCCUUACCCCAGCAGUGGCAUGGCACCCCGAGACCCUCAUGGUUUCAACAAUACGAAUGCUUCAGGUGUAGGUGGAGAAGUGCAACGAGGUUAUUCUACCGAUCACUUUGAUCCUUUCAGAGAGAGAGCUCGAUUUCUUGGGGGUGGUAGAGAUCAAGGAUUUGAACCUAGAGGUCCAUAUCCUGGUGGUCGUGUCUAUGACACUGGUUCACGCUACUACAAUUGA